AAAAAAGUUUAACUGCAGAAUCGCGUUUUAGAAUCAGUGUCUUCUACAUUGGAUCAGUCAUUUAACGUAAAACUAUAAACUAUAGUCUGGCAAUGGUGAAUCAUUAGUCCAUGAGAGUGGUUCCUAUUAUUAUAUCGAUUAUAUUCUUGACCUGAAAAAUGAGUUCAGAGUGUACUGUUGAAGGCUAUGACGAAAUCUGUGGCUGCUCUGAGCUGGUUUAUCCUGUUCAGGUGGAACCUCACCUACAAGACGUCAGAAACCACCUGAACACCUCUGGAGAGCAGUGCAGCAAUGUCACACUUACACUCACUUCACUGAUGCAAGCAAUCAGCUGCAGCAUUUUGUUUUCACCCAAACACAUCCUUUGUUUAAAUAGUCAGUGGCCAAACCUGUUGGAAUCGAUAAACAGCCGGAGGGGUUUGUCAGUGUGUGCAGCCCCGGAGCUGUUGACACGGACGUCAACACUGAAACAUUCACAUUCGUAUCCAGAACGCUUGCAUUCCGAAACAGGCUCUGAGUUACUGACCAGUUUUAAGCGCUCCGAAAAAGCUGACCAAUGGGGCUUUAUUUCCUGUUCCCGUGCUCCGCCACAUACAGUGUGUCUCACUCUGCCACAUGAUUUAAGUUACUCCCACCGAAGUCAUGCACAGGAAAAACCAAGAGCAUUUAGUGAAGAACAAUAGAGAGGUGGUUGGUGCGCUGUGAGGCUCUCGUGAGGCAAGUUUUGACGAGGCACUCUGUGUUAUGGUGGAACAGAGGAAUCACUAAGGGCGUCUGCUGCUGUGAACCGUGGAUUAACUGUAUCUGUACAUGACGAGGGGGGGGCGAUCAUGUCACUGCCGGAGGACGACCUGACCUGCCCCGUGUGCUGCGACAUCUUCACGGACCCGGUCCUGCUGUCAUGCAGCCACAGCUUCUGCAGGAUCUGUCUGAAGCGCUGCUGGGAGACGUGCUCACGUGAGUGUCCGGUGUGCAGGAAAAGAGCCACCAAGUCCAGUCCCCCCACCAACCUGGCUCUGAAGAACGUCUGCGAGGCUCUGCUGCAGGCCAGGAGCCAGGCGUCCGCGGCACUGGACGAGGAGACGAACUGUACCCUGCACGGGGAGAGGUUGAAACUGUUCUGUCUGGUCGACCAGCAGGCGAUCUGUGUCGUGUGUCAGACGUCUAAACUUCACAAGACCCACGACUGCUCGCCAAUAGAAGAGGCCGUGCUGGAUUGUAAGGAUGAACUUGCUUUAACCCUCAAACUCUUGCAAGAUAAAGUGGACAGCCUCAUAGAAAUUCAGCGGACCUCCAAGGAUAUCUCAAAGUACAUCAAGAAUCAGGCGCUGGAAACGCAGAGACUGAUCAGGAGUCAUUUUGAGCAGCUGCGUCAGGAGCUCUGUCAGGAGGAGUCGGCCAGAUUAGCAGCCGUGAAGCAAGAAGAACAGGCGAAGAUCACGGGGAUGAAGGAUAAGAUCAAGGAACUGUCCGCAGAAGUGCUGUCCCUCACCGAGACCAUCUCCGUCAUACAGGAGCAGCUGCAAGAAGAGGAUAUGGUUCUGUUGAAGAAUUUUAAAGCCACCCAGGAAAGAAGUGAAAGCACUGUGCUCGGUUCAGACAACAUGUCUGGAUUACUGAUUGACGUGACCAAUCACCUCUGCAACCUCAAGUACAGAGUGUGGGAGAAGAUGCUGGACCACAUUGAUUACACUCCAGUGACUUUGGACCCAAACACAGCGCACCCCUGCCUCAUCCUGUCUGACAGCCUCACUUCCCUCCACUACGCAAAGCAGUCCGGCGGCUGCCCUGACAACCCGGAGCGCUUCCACAUUAGCGCUGAGGUGGUAGCCAUGACUCCGCUUGGUUCAGGAAGUCACCACUGGGUUGUGGAGACAGGAAGUAAUCAGGACUGGAUUCUGGGCGUGGCCUCUCUGUCCGCGCCCCGGAACGCUGAAGUCUCUGCUCGGCCGGAAAAUGGCUUCUGGACUUUGUGCUUCCGGGACGGAGAGUUCAGGGCGAUGACUUCCCCGCCCACCCCGCUGACACUCUCAAGGACGCCGAAACAAAUCAAAGUGCAACUGGAUUACAACAAAGGGACAGUGUCUUUUCUGGACCCUGCUGACAACACAGUCAUUUGUGUAUUUACCCACACGUUCACCGAAACUUUACUUCCAUAUUUCUACACACAGAGCAGUCAUCCACUUAAAAUAAUGCCAGAGAAGGUACUUGUCACAAUGUUGCGUCAAGAACUGACUGAAUGAAUAACUUGUUGUGUAAAAAACACAACCUCAGGCCAGAGAUGAAAUGGUUUGGUGGUCAUGGUAAUGUCUUUCACGGACAACAAGGAAAAUAUUCUUUAUCGGAAUCAUUUUGCUGCUUCCAAAUCUUUGGCUCUAGUCAGUCAAGUUUGACAUGUGGGGAAAGGGCUAGCCAGGCUCUUCCAAGGUUCCGCCCUACAUCACCUCUGAAACGCCCUCAUUAACACAUAUUUAGUUUUAUAAAUAAUAUUAUGCACUUUUUAAGAUUUCUAAAGUUAUGUGCAUUCAUAAAAAGACAUGAAAAAGUGACAGUAAAGGUAGAAGAAAAGAAAAAAAGGGAAAAUUAUAGACAUGUAUGUUACAAUACAAGGGUACAAAAACUGAAGUGCACAAUCCACUGUUCAGCAGGGGUAAGUGGUUGGGGCAUGUAACCUAUAAAAACUGCUUUAUAGGUGCUGUGCGGGGUAUUUUCUUACCUUUGGAGAGAUCUGUGUUCGCCCAGUUUCCAGUCUUCAUGCUAAGCUAACAUAAACUUCACUUACACACUGUAGCUAUAGGGGUGAGGUUUUUAUAUUGUGCAUAAUCCAUAUUAAAUUGGAAUGGGAUAGAGGAGAGUUUUUUGUUGCCUGUCCAGCAUCAUGCACCAUAAUAAAUGGAAUCAUAUCAUGCAUGAAACACACAUGUAAACCUGUUUCACUGUUCCAGUGGAAAUACAUGUCUUACCAAAGUCUAACAUUCACACUUACCCUAAAAAGUCUUAACCCUCAAACCUGUCCCUACACACAUGUGGGGACCUCAACCUUAAGAGUCCCCAUGGAUCAGUGUGCAUUCAGGUUCAAGUCCCCACCAGGAUAUAAACAAAACGAACAAACACACACGCACAUACCUCAUUUUUGUAGUUGCAUGUUUGGUUUUCCAGUUACAUUCCAACUUCAUGAAGUAGCAGGUCACUGGUGAAAAUCUGUUUUAUUCUGGAGGGAUUUAAUAUGGUACAGUUUAUUAGUCUGUUGUGUACACAUGGUGGCGCCAAAGCCAAGCAAGUAUUUUUGAAGGAUUUCCGUACAUUUGAGAGAGCAGCUUGGAAACCAGCAAAGUUAUUGUAACAAGAGAAAAUAAUUUUGAAGAACAAAAUAAAUUUAUUAUAAAUGAAAUAAAAAAAAGAUUAACUUGUUUCA